GUGGUCUUUCACUAUUGCAACAGUGGCACCGUGGGGCCAGCCCAUGCCGGAAAACAUGGGGAAGACGCCCGUGGGCUAUGCUCCAGUGGAGACCGCCGGGAAGAUGGUCAUAGGUGCUUUCGAUAAUGACGACGAUGAUCCAGAGGAGGGGAAUGUCGCCCCGGCCCCCCCUCCUCCAAAGGUGGAUCAGGCUGACCUGCCAUUGAGGCAGGUGGCUUUUGCAGUCGCCCUCUAUGCGGCCUGCUCUUCGACCUUGCUGUUGAUCAACAAGGUGGCGAUGAGUUUCGUGCCAGAUGCCUCUUUCAUCCUCUUUUGCCAGUUUCUGUCUUCGUCCCUUGCUGUGCGGAUAAUCAGGUGUGCUGCUCCCGACACGGACAUCGAGCUGAUCCGUUGGGAGAAAGCCCGUCCUUUCUUCCUUGCCUGCCUGGUCUUUUUCUUGUGCCUCUUAGCCAACACCCAGGCGCUGAAGUCUGUAAAUGUGGAGACGGUCAUCGUAGCACGCUCCUGCUCACCUAUUGCUGUCUCCGUCUUGGAGCACUUCACGCUAGGAAGGGCCUUGCCGAACACGCCCGGAGUGAUGUCACUUCUUGCCAUUGCUGGUGGGGCUGUCAUCUACGUGAUCUCGGAUGAGGGCUUCAAAAUCGAAGGAUAUACAUGGCUUCUCCUAUACUUUGUUUUCAUCGUCGUGGAGAUGGUCUUCGUGAAGUUUGUUGUAGACACAAUUCCUAUGUCAACCUGGACGCGUGUCUACUACAACAACACCAUGUCAAUCCCCAUGGUGAUCCUUUCGUCUUUCAUGACCGGCUUCGGCGCCUUCAUGAAGGUUGACUGGGGAGUCGCACAUUUCUUGGUGGUGGGCCUUUCCUGUGUGAUAGGUGUCGCCAUCUCCUACGCGGGGUUCAACCUCCGGAAAGCCGUGUCAGCAACAUCGUUCACUGUCAUCGGUGUUCUAUGCAAGCUCCUCACCGUCCUUCUCAAUGAUGUGGUCUGGACCAACCAUUCCAACUUCAUGGGGCACCUGGGCCUGCUGCUCUGCAUCAUCGCAGGUUUCGCAUACGAGCGGACGAAGGCGAAAUGA